UUAGAGUAACAAAAAGAUAGUAUUUGCAUCUACGAAAAUCAUGGAAAAGGACAGUGUAACAAAGUUAUUAAUCUGUGAUAGCAGUGGACCAUCUAAGGAAUGGCUUCAGAAAAGAAAAAACACAAUGCGAGUGUUCCUAGUUCAAACCUUUCUAAUUGGCAUGGAAUAUUCGGUCUUCUUUUUAACAUCAUGGUCAUACAUCAAUAGCAUGGUAAAACCAGAAAAUCCAAAAGUUGCAUAUGCUCUAACAUCAUCAUCAUAUUUGUUUUGUUCCGUUUUGACAGCACCUGUUAUCGGAUUAGUAGCCGAUAAGUAUCGGAACACAAGGGUCUUAUUAUUAAUUUGCAACUUUGCUGUAAUAUCAGGGAAUGUUGCUUAUGCCAUCCCAUAUUCAAUUGUUUUGGUUAUAGCUGGGCGAUUUGUUACAGGAGUUGGAUCACCCAUUCGAUCAGUAAUAGCAGGAGAAGUAGCUAGAUCUUACAGCAGAGAGGAGGUUGUGCAUAAAAUGUCAGCUCUAGGAUUUUCAUACGCAUUUGGAUUUAUAACCGGACCCGCUUUUAAUUUGUUCUUUACAGGAUUUAACGUAUGGAUUGGAACAUGGCAUAUAACGAAUGCAAAUGUACCUGGCGUUUUUAUGGCAAUUUUAUUCUUUUUUAAUCAGUUAUAUAUUUACUUCUGUGUUUCUGAUUUGUCAAAAGAGUAUGAUUUGAAAGCGAACGAAACUACCAAAUUAUUAAUCGUUGAAAAUGAGAGUGAUAAUGACUACUUAACAGAAGAAAAAUGUCAAUCACACUUGCAAAACAUCAGCCUUUAUGACAAUUCUACUGCCAUACUUAGAAGCAUAAAUACAUGUCUCAUGUUAAUUUUUUCUUUCUUCUACAUGUAUGUUGUAGUGACUUAUGACUCAUGGCUACCACUUAUGAUAUUGAACAUUCUCAAAUGGACUCCACUUCAAUUGAACAUUGUUGCAUUUAUAUCUGGAAUAUUAUUCGCCUUGGCUUUGCUUGUUAUAACAAUGAAACCACUGAACAUAAGACGUCUAUAUGGCAUGGCUGUUAUGUCUUUGAUAUCCCUGACUACUUUGCAAGCACCAUUUCUGUUAUUAGAGAUACUAAAAGACAAUUUAGCUAUUGUUAUCACGCUGUGGUGUAUAUGGCUUCUCCUUUUUGCAGGAUUUUUGAUGCUAGAUGUGUAUCUCAUCACAGCGCUGUCGUUAUUGGUUCCUUCAAGUAGACAGGUUUUUGCAGAAAGCACACGAAAUAGUUUUGAAAAAUGUGGUGCGUUAACAGCAUUGCUUACUUCUGUAUUCGUAUUUGAUUGGAUCGCUGUGUUUGCUAUUACUACCUCCAUAUUGUUUUUUCUAUUUUUGGUGACAUUUCUAAUUAGAAGAAAGACAUUGAUUGAUCCAAAAUACACAAGUAAUGGUUUAAAGUAAUACUCGUGAGGCUUUGUUAAAUCUUGGUAGAAGUAUGAAAUAACUAGAAGCAUUUUCCUUUCAUGUCAAGUCUAAUAAAUCUGUGACAAAAGAGUGUUCACCGACAUCCGACCUAUGGAUAACACACUACAAUCAUGCUCAAGAGAUUUAUUUGAAUAAAUCCUUAAUUUUAAAGAUCAUACCCACAAGCAAUGAUUUACGUCCUAUUUAUAUUAAACUCUAACAGACAGCAAAUGGAUAGACUGAGAAAAAACACAAUUCCUCUCUUUAAAUAUGAAGAAUUUUCUAUUACAACCGAAACAAAUCCUUUGAAUCCUUCAGCAUAGCAACAAAGAAAUUCAAUCCAUAUGAAAAACCUGGAAAUGAAACAUCAAUAUAAAGCUGUACUCUCUGUUGGUGGGUAUAAACGCAAAAUGACGUACGACAAACAACAGUCGGAACGACGAAACGGAAACAGGGAAAGUCAUUUGGUUCCAAUCUAUCUUUUAAAGAAAAAAGAAAUGUCGGCAAGGAGUUCUUAAAAAUUUUUAGAAAACACUUUAAAGUAACUGACAAGAACCAUGAGAUAUUUAACAAAAAUACCUUAAAGCUGAGUUAUUCGUGUAUUCCAUGUUUGUCGUAGAUAUUAUGUAGAUUCAGAUGUAGAUUUUAUUGUUCUGUAUAUAUUUUUAAAAAAACACAACCUUAUUUAUACAUUUGUUUUUUUUCGUUUAUUUUUUAACCAAAUUUCCACUUAUUUUUUCCCCACUAAAUCUAGCUGCUAUGGUACAGGACCUGACGCUGAGUUAAAAUAGUCUCUAUAGAAAUAUUCAAGCUUUUGAGCAUCUCUCAAAUAGUUUAGAAUGUGUGCUUUGAACGUAAGCUAAC